GCGGUGCAAACAGCAGUCAUAAAAUCGAUGUGAGUGAAUCCAUCGUUGCGGGUGCCUGAGUAGGUUCUGGCAGUCUUGUGACUAUAGUUUGGCUGUCCAUCAGUAUUUAGACGUGGAACAAACUCCGUUUUCCUUACGGGCUAGAACGUACCGUCCGCAACGUUUUGUGCCAUUGAAUAUUGGUUACGCAAAUUCAUCAUGCUUCAUUUUUCGUGGAGCGUAAUCUCUGUGAUACUUACAAGAAGGAAUCAGAGAGGGCGUUGAUAAUCAACAUCGCGACUCCUCACUUCGCCAAGAAUUGUUUAUGCUCAAAUGUGUACUGUGAACAAAAAUUAUCCGCGACAAAAGGAAUAACAAAAGCCUACAUACAAUGAAUACAGUGGCAAUGGUGUGACAACGGAACGAGUGUUUCUUGGUAGUGCAGCGAGAAAAUAUUACAUAAUAAAUGUGUUGCUUUGCGUAUUGCGUCCAUUCACAGCUUGCGAACAUUUAGAUUCAAUAGUUCUACCGCCGUAAUUGCAGUUAAAUUUGUGUUAUAUUGUAAUACGGAAAACGGACAACGAAUCAUCAGAAUUUGAAGUAAAAACAAGGCCUUUGGUCUCGACGCUGAUAAAAUAUGAGCUCAAAGGUAGCAUCAGCCCCGACCAUGGCGAAAGAACUACCAACUGAUUUUGGCCAACGAUUCAACGAGCUGCGCAAAAAGAAACAUCUAGUCGAUUGCUCCUUCCGCGUGGGCGAAGACGUUUACCACUGUCACAAGCUUAUCCUCUCGGCGGCCAGUCCUGUUUUUGAAACUAUGUUCUAUGGAGCAUUAGCCGAAAAGCAGACGGUUAAGAUAGCAGAUAUCAAGUCUAGGGUAUUUGAACGUAUGCUGGAGUACAUCUACGUAGGGUCUAUAGACUUCGACGGGAUACAGAAUAUUGAAGAGCUGCUUGAGUUGUACUAUUGUGCGGAAAAGUAUAUGAUUGAUAGUUUGCACGAGAAGUGUGUUAGCUAUUUCGGAAAGAAUAUUAACCCGAAUAAUGUGCUGAAAAUACUCGAUAUAGCGUACCGGAUGAAUUUGGAUGAUAUUAUAUAUUCGUGCAUGUGCGUGUUGAAACACUUUUUUUCGUCUGGAAUGAGCUUGAGCAACAUCAUUCUGGAGAGAAAUCAUCAUCUGUCCAAAAACUGUGUUGAUCUUAUCUUGGAAGAUAAUUUCGAAGUAAAGGACAAUAUCAUCUGUAUGAUACGAGCCUGGUGUAUUACGGAAUGCGAGCAAAAUCGGCUGAAAAUCAACAGAGACAGCAUGAAAACAGUUCUGCAGGAUAUUGAGCUACCAGACACACUGAAGGACACGAUUGCUGGAUGUAGCUUUACCAAGUUUACGCCUAUCGUAGGCGACAAAUCGGGCUGGAUACCAGUACAGCGCAUCCACUACAAAGCUGUUCGUCCUUUGAUUAUUGGUGACGAGAUGGACUUUGAAGCAAACAUAACCACCAAUCGGUUUAUUGUGAUAAAAUCGUUAAACAUAAACAGCCGGCUGCUGCCACAACUGAAGGUUUUCGAUGUGCGGCAAGAAACGUACACCGAAAAGCUGACGGUUGAAAUAUCUGCCAAGUAUAGCAACGAUCGGCAGAAGAUUUAUCAAAAAGAGCACCUGAUCUAUGGUGUAGCAUUUAACGAUAGCCUGCAAGUGAGCUUGACCGAACAAAUCGUCUUCUUCCCGGAUGUUACAUACAUUGUCAGACUGAAAUGGGACGCCAACAGUCUGGGGUACGAAUAUCCGCGUUCUAUACUUGCUACGUAUGGCAAGUGUAAGCAAUUGCUGGUAAAUUUUAGUGAAAAUAUUUAUCUUCAAAGCUCCGGCAGUAUACUGAAUGGAAUAAUUUGCGAUCUGUACAAGUAAUUUGAGACACUGUCACAGACAGCACAAUGCGCCAGCGGCCCAACUCUGCGGCGAAAGUACUGAACAAAAAUGA